AUGCGCUCCUACACGGCUCCGUUUGGCCUUCUCCGCGCCCAUUUUAUGUCGGUUCGCAGUCUCCUAUACUCCUCACCGAACCUUCAACACCGUCGGAGCCAGAUGGCCUCGCAAAUAUCCGCCACCGAUGGACGGCUUUCGCUAGCAAGCCUCCCAAAGUCCAAUAUCUUUACCUCCAAGCUUCCAUCUGACCCGGCUUUUGAGACCCCCGAGACGUCCCAUCGAGCCCCUCGUGAGGCUCUAGGUCCACGCCUGGUGAGAGGUGCGCUCUAUACCUUUGUUAGGCCCGAGCCGGCAGAGGAGAGUAAACUUUUGGGAGUCAGUCCCAAAGCGAUGGAAGACCUUGGUUUAAAGUCUGGGGAAGAACUUACAUCCCAAUUUAAGGCGUUGGUUUCGGGGAAUGACUUUUGUUGGGAUGAAGAGGUCGGGGGUAUAUACCCAUGGGCGCAAUGUUACGGAGGUAUAGCACAGUUCUCGGAGUUGACGAAACGCAGCGGCUCGUGGGCUGGGCAGCUUGGGGAUGGACGUGCAAUUAGCCUUUUCGAAGCUACAAACCCGAGGACCAAUAUCCGCUACGAAUUACAACUCAAAGGCGCUGGACGGACCCCUUAUUCCCGCUUCGCCGAUGGAAAAGCUGUAUUGCGCUCCAGUAUUAGAGAAUACGUUGUAUCAGAAGGUAUCACAUUGCCACUUUCUCUGUCUGCACUGGGUGUCCCAACCACUCGAGCGUUGGCUAUCACUCUAUUGCCCCAAUCGAAGGUGUUGCGGGAACGCAUUGAACCUGGUGCUAUAGUAGCCCGAUUUGCUGAAUCGUGGCUAAGGAUUGGGACAUUCGAUCUCCUCCGUGCACGUGGAGACCGCGCCCUGAUCAGGCAGCUGGCAACAUACGUUGCGGAAGACGUAUUUCAGGGUUGGGAGGCUUUGCCUGCUAUGGUAUCAUUGGAUCAAAACCAGUCCUCUGAUGCUGUAGACAAUCCUUCGAGACAAAUUCCCUGGGACCAAAUUCAAGCGCACCAGGGUGUGCAGGAAAAUCGAUUUGCAAGGCUAUACCGAGAGAUUGCACGGCGCAAUGCCAAAACCGUUGCUGCCUGGCAAGCAUAUGGAUUCAUGAAUGGUGUGUUAAACACCGAUAAUACUUCCAUAUACGGCCUUUCGCUUGAUUAUGGUCCAUUCGCUUUCAUGGACAACUUUGAUCCGGAGUAUACGCCUAACCAUGAUGACCAUCUAUUGAGAUAUUCGUACAAAAACCAACCGACAAUCAUAUGGUGGAAUUUGGUUAGGCUUGGAGAGUCUCUGGGAGAACUCAUUGGUGCUGGAGAUGAUGUCGACAAGGAAGGAUUUAUAAGAGAUGGCCUGACAGAGGAGACCGCGCCUGCUGCUAUACAGCGUGCCCAAGAUAUUAUUGACCGGACAGGCAACGAGUUUAGGAUUGUGUUCCUAAAUGAAUAUAAACGCCUCAUGAGCAAAAGACUAGGUUUGAAGAACCAAAAAGAUUCGGACUUUCAAGAUUUAUUCUCGGAAUUGCUUGACACGUUAGAGGCUCUGGAGCUGGAUUUCAAUCAUUUUUUCCGGAGGCUCUCCAAUGUGUCACUUGCGGACAUUGAGACCGAGCAGAUGAGGAAGGAGAUAGCAUCAAUUUUCUUCCAUAAUGAGGGGUUCGGUGGUAUCGGAUACACCGAGGACUCCGCAAGGCAGCGUGUUGGAGACUGGCUUGACAAGUGGAGACAUCGCAUUAUAGAGGACUGGAGCCCUGAACAUGAUUUAGAGAGACAAAAGCUCAUGCAGACCACAAAUCCAAAGUUUUUGCCACGCGGCUGGAUCCUCGACGAAGUUAUUGAACGCGUGGAACGCCGAGGAGAUCGAGAAGUCCUUGGAAGGAUAAUGAACAUGGCACUUAACCCGUUCAAUGAUGAAUGGGGGCAGGACCGGGAUGAAGAGGAGCGCUUUUGUGGGGAUGUUCCGAAGUUUAAGAGAGCCAUGAUGUGCAGCUGCAGCUCCUGAAGUCUAAGCUCGAAACCUUCUACACUGCCCGCCGGUAGAUCAGGUUAGAUACGGAUGAAUCUGACAUGGCCCUUACGCCGGCUGUUGGGUC